AUUCUCUGGUCUUCUUUAAACAAUUUUCGUUAUAGUGCAUACUGAGCGUGCAUACUGAGCGUAGACUUCAGGCUUUCCUGGAUAAGCAGUGUUCGUUUUCGCUGCUCUGAAAUUUGAGUAGUUAGCGAGAACCAUAUACAAACUGUAUGACUACAGACGUAAAAGAAAAAGAAGCAAGUUCAAGCGGCUUUGCUUCGCCUGUAACUAUUAGUUCUGAGGUUUCAACAGAUAAUACCGAGUCUGUUACUAAAGCUCGAUCAAAACGAAAUAAGUCGAGAAGAAAGAAGAACAAGAAAAAGGAAGAUGUUCAAAAAACUCAAUUGAAUGAACCUUGCGACACUGCAGAAGAAUUCGAUAGCACUGAACAAACAAAGGGUAUUGAAAAACUUAAGCGCCAGGCCUCUACUUUAUCAAGUAUAGUUCGUGAUAUUCGAUUACAACGGACGGAAGCAUACGAACAACUAGAGGAGCUUAAGGGAAAAUAUGCUGCUUUAGAAACAAGAGUUGAGAGUUUAAUUAGCGAAAAAGAACAUGCCAAUGAUGAACUCCAAAAACUGAGGGAAGAGAACGCUUCGCUUCGAGAAAUGUUGGCAGAUGUCGGCAAUGAACUGGUAGCUGCUCGUGAUAUAAUUAAAGAGCAAGAGGCUCAUAAUCAGCUUAAGUCAAAUGACGAAGAUAAAACAGGGUCCUACCAAAUCUCCGAAAUUAUUGACCAAGAGCAAAUGACCCCGGUUCCAGUUUCGCAAAUUGACUUCCGUUCUCACUACCUUAGUCACAAGAAAUCUCAGAGUAGACAGAUCGAAGAGGAUGUUAUUGACCGUGAAUAUCUUCGCAAUAUUCUGUUACAAUACUUUGAAAAUAGGGAACGAAGAGAGCAAAUCUUACCUAUUGUUUCUGUCGCGCUUGGAUUUGACGAAAUUCAACAGCAAUUAUUUACGGAUUAUAUAAACUAAACUAUGGAGCAGUGUUGACACUGUAAUCAUCACAUUCACGACUUCAUCACUCUAUUCAUAAAAAACUAAAUUAGACAUAUCUAUGUUCCAUGGUACGGUUAAACAUCUUUCUUCCUGACUUGUGUUUACUUGACCGUGGUUGUAGCAGUGAUGACUACAACGGGAACUUUGGACGAAAUAACUUUACUGUUUCUCUUUCCAUUGUGAUGAGAGCCGGUCAAAAGUCCGAACAUCUUUGACAUUAGCCCUUUGAGCUUGCCAAACAUAGCAAAAUGAGGCUCAGCGUGAUGGAACGAGUACACAUAAUCGUUUCUACUAAGACGUCUGAUAGCCUCGUCACGGUCAAAUGGUUCGUGCACCUUUUCGCCGUAUUCUUUCAAUGCCGACUUCAGGUCAUCGUCUGACCAUUUGCUGUAACCUACAGCAACAUGUCGGAUUGCUUUGCUUGCUUCGUUGAAGAUGUUAUCACCCUUUUCAACCAAAGCACCAUAUAUGUUGCGAGCGUUUUGAACCAGAUGUUCCCUGUCUUGAGAGGGAUGCAGCUUACCAGUGUAAUGGCUCUUGUACUUCUUAAUCCAUGCGCUCAAAUCAUUUGAGCUCACCUUGUCGAAAUCGAUGUUCCAUGAUGAUAACGGUAACUUGUAGAGAUUACGGCGAACCAGUGCAAUUAAUUCAUCCUUAGUCGAUGGUUGCGGUACCGGGAUUCCACGAGCAUCCAAGAAGGAUUUUAACUUUGAGUCUUGCCAUUUUCCGAUUACAGUUUCGUCGGCAAAAUGCUUAACGCCAGAUUUCGCAUUUUCAACCAUAUCACCGGCUUUUUCCUUCGCCUGGCUAGUCGCUGAUCUCAUCUUAUCGGCGACUUUUUUACCAGCAUGUUCAGCGUUCUUUGAAGUUUUGUAUUCCAGACGCCGGAUGCGAGCAAGCAAACGAUCCUUUUCAGUAAGCUGAAUAGUUGGCACCCCAUGCAUAUCCAAAAAUUUCUUCAAGCGUGAGUAUGACCAAAAUCGUGAUAGAAAAUGAUUAAAUCCACUCAUUUCCUUCUCCACAAAAGCUUUUGUCGAAUGCACAUCUUCCUCCACUUCUUCGCGAGCAGCAGCGAAGGAGUCCUUUAGAGUUUGGCCAGGAUGCGUCAAGCCGUGCUUUACUUUCUUAACAAGAGACUCACGGGGCACCUCCUUUUUACCGAUGUGAACCUUGUGCUCGUCAAGCCAGUUUUUUAAAUCGGAGUCUGUCCAGGACUCAAAAACCCAGUCCUCAGCAUCACCAAAUUUUCCAGAUGCUUUCUUAUAAACGUCGUGGGCUUUUUCACGCAAUGCCGACGGGCUAAGUGCAUCUAGUUUAGAUGUUUCCUUCUUUGAAAGAGCACCAUGACGCUCAAGGAACUUCUUCAACUGGGAAUCGUUCCAGGAGUCAAAGAUAGAUUCCUUUCCUUCUUUGGUUUUGUCCGAGGCAUAGUCUUUUACUCGGUUUGCAGCAGACUUAGUGUCAUCUACAGCUUUGUUAACUUGCUUCUCGGCCUUGUGCAACCCUUUCUUUCCAUGAUAAACGGCGGAUGCUUCCUUCAUGUUAAGGUAAUCCUUCAAUUCCGAAGUCGACCAUUCCUCAUAAUUGGGCUUCAUUGCCUCCAUGUAUUCGCCCACUAAAUGGCGAAGAUCCUUCGCCGAUGAUUCAGGCUUGUACGGAACGGCAUGAGUGUCGAGCCAGUUUUUCAUUGUCGAGACAUCCCAACGCUUAUAAUGACGGUCAUCAACGAAGACAUAAUAAAGUAUGCCGAUCGCGGCGACUAUAAAUGUGAAAACAGCGAUUCUCAUUUUGCGCUGAUUUCUAACCAAUUGACUUCAAAUAAUCUUAACAACUAAAUUCAACUGAAUGUCAAACCAACUGAACGAUCAGAAAUGGUGUUAGAGCCGGAAGUAAUGCCGGAAUUAUUGUUAUAUGUCGAAGAAUAGUUAUGACGAAAUGCGUACGUUGCAAACGUUAGCAUGAGCACAUGAAGCCAAAAGUACAGAAUGUGUCAAGAGCUUGUAAAGCAUAAACACAUAGAAAUGAUGAUAUACAAAAGUAUGAUCCGCCACUCGAAUAAGACGCUCGACGUAUCGGAGACAGAUUGGUAUGACGAGAAAGGAAACUGUUUGCCAAAAGUAAAGAUUUGUUUUGCUGUAACACAGAUGUACGUUAGCGUUAACGGAAAGUGAAUAGGCCACCACAUAGUCAGGAAAACAUGUUGCUCACUCCUGUUUACUCUGGGGGAUAGCCUUGAGGAUAUUUUCGCGAAGCUCAGUUGCGGCGGCUGGAUCCUUAACCCUCACUGCGUAUAAUACAGAGUGGUUGUUUUCGAUGAGAAACAGACGUACAAAAUUUGUAGCUGCACCGCUCGACGCGGCGUCAAUUUUAACACUUUGCUCAGACAUCCCAUAAAACAAAGGAGCAUUCAAGAUAACACGGUGGACAGCAUCUGCACGCAUAAUUAGACGGCCAGCGGUGCUUGUACUCUCUUUGCCGGGGAUAUUAACUUUUAACAAACCUCUUCCCCGUUCUUUCCAAGCCUUCGACUCCGGGUCUAAGACAUAAAGACGAGCACGCACGGAGAAAAGUGUUUCUUCAUGUUCUUCGCCCGUGACUAAUUCUUCCUCUGUAAGAGGUUUUGCGACAGUAGCGGUAGCGGUAACCGACUCAGACUUUGUAUCGCUAAUCUCAUUCUUUUCAUCUGAAUUGGAGGAAGGCGAUGGUUUUUCAGAAGUGCUCAAGAGGUCUUCAAAUUUUCCAGGAGUCUUGGUAUCGUCUUCCGUUGGUUCCUUUUUGUUGUCUUCAGAAGACGCUUUUUCAUUUUCAAGGUACUUUUUUCCAAAUGUAGACUUCAUUUUUCCCAAGGUGCCAAAGGUACUUCCAAAUCCCGCAGUAGAAGUCUUCACAGAUGCAAAAGGUGAUUGUUGGUCAGAAGUGACACCUGCAAAAGGUGAGCUUGUAGAAGAAAACAUUGAGAAACCAGAGCUUUUGAAUGGUGUCUUAACGGGUUUUGUGGAUUUCUCAGAUGAGUCGGAAUCAGUUUUCUUGUCACCCUCAUUGUUUUUGUCCGUAACUGGCAAUUUCGUUACCGAAUCACCACUUGUCUUUUUUUCCGUCUGUUUGUUCAAAUCGGUGGAUUCUUUUGUCUGUUUUUCAUCGGAUUCGUUCGUUUUCUCGGUUGAUUCUUUCUCCGUUUUCUUCACUGAAGGUUGGACAAUAGCAUUUUGUUCCGUAAGCUCAUUAGCAUUUUCACCUUGUUGGUCAGAAACAGAAUUUUCCUUCGAUUUUUUUAUCGAAGACGCGUCAUCACCAGUACCUGAAAAUUUACGCUUUCGUUUGCAAGAUUCAUUAUUUGGUACCUCGGUUUGUUUACUCGUAGGCAACGAGUCUUCCUUUUUUUCCAGCUGAGUACUAUCUGACAUUGUACUCUGUAAAACAGGACACCACCUUUAGUUUUUUUAAUGCAAUUAUCAAACAAAAAUUGCUAUGCAAGUUUUGCGUUGACGUCUAAGGUUAGGUCAGAUCUUUCGCAUACCCGAAAUAAACUUUGUUGUCUUGACGACCAAACGCGACGCGUUAAAUUAAACGUUAAUUCAUAUCAAGUAAAUUUGGAUAAUAGAGAAUAUUUAUUAAAUCGUA